AUGCCUCUUGAUGAGUUCCAGGAGCUGCAACUAAGCAUGUCUUCUUUCCAGGCUCAAUUACAUGACUUUCUGGAGGGCAAAAAGUUGACUUUGAUGCAGUUAGUCGAUGAGUAUAAGAGCGAGACGGAAUCGUUAAUAUCACGGCAGCGUGAGCUGCAGGAAAGAACUGAUAGUCUGCGAGCGCGACAGGCAAGUUUGGAACAUCAAAUUGAGUCAUAUCAGCGGCAGGAGGACGAGGCUUUGGCCGAGAUCGGCGUCUGCCUAGAGUCGAAACAGGAAACUGAGCAAGAAAUCCAAAUGAUCACCAACGAAAUAGAACAGAUGACCCAACUACUGGAUGCUAAAAGAGAAGAGAUUAAACAGCACAGAAUGUCGCUCUCACGGCAAGUCGAGCAAAACCCCGAAGAAGUAAAAAUCUACGAGAAUUUGCUGGGAAUGAAAAUCAGUGCGCAAAAGCAAGACACUCUUACGUUUGUAUUUUCACGAGUUGUUGCAACCGACCCCGAAAGAGAAUGUAGUGUGACGCUUGACUUUUCCGCCAAAGAUUACAAAGUGACCGAAUCGUCGCCAAAGUUAAGUCGCGAUGCCUGCUCGAGCCUUGAACAAAAUUUGAAUAGGACGGACAAUUUGUCUCAGUUUUUGAAGCUGGCGCGAUCCAACUUGGUAGGAGCCGUCUCAGUUACUGCUGACACUUGA